AUGUGGUCAAGGAUUCUUCUGAGUGUUCUUUCCUUGCGCUGGGUUGCCACAGUGUCUCCUGAACCACAAUAUGUGCUGCUGGUCCCUACCGUAGUGCGGAGUGAUUCUCCACAGAGUGCUUGUGUGCAGUUCCACAACCUCAGUGAGCCUCUGUCGCUGAGCGUUUUCUUGGAAUACAGCAGUACCCAGACAACUCUUUUUGAGGAAUCCGUGAUAGAGAAUGAUUUCUUCAAGUGCAGCAAGUUCAAGGUUCCUCCUGCUACUUCUGACCCCCUGGCUUUCAUUACCUUCUCUGCCAAAGGUGCCACGAUCAGCUUAGCUGAGAGAAGAUCAGUGGCAAUUGAGAAUGUGGAUAACACUGUCUUCAUUCAGACGGACAAACCCAUCUACAAACCAGGGCAAAAAGUGAUGUUUCGUGUGGUCGCUUUGGAUAGCCAGCUCAGACCUGUUCAGGAGACAUAUCCCCGAAUCAUCAUAGAGGAUCCAGAGCACAACCAGAUCUUCCAGUGGCUGGAGGUAACAUCUAAGCAUGGCAUUGUCCAGCUUUCCUUUCCAUUAAUCCAGGAGCCAAUUUUGGGGUCCUACCACAUCAUUGUGGAGAAGAAGUCAGGAGAAAAAGAGUACCACUCCUUAAUAGUGGAGGAAUAUGUGCUGCCAAAGUUUGAAGUGGUAACCAGUGUGCCAAAGAGGAUCUCUUUCUUUGAUGAAGAAUUGAAGGUCAACGUUUGCGCCUUGUACACUUACGGCCAGCCUGUGCAAGGGAAUGUUCGAAUCAGUGUGUGUCAGCAGCACUUUUAUAGUGCACGAUGUGAGCAAAACCAGAAAGAAAAUUGUGAGACUGUCACUGCACUGUUGGGCAGAAAUGGCUGCCUCAGCACUGUCAUUUCCACCAAAACCUUCCAUCUCUACCGCAGCUAUGCCAAGAUGUUUGCUAGUCUCAGCGUAGAAACCACUGUCACUGAAAAUGGGACAGGUAUUCAGAUGAAAGACUCUGCCUAUGUUCCAGUUGUCCAAGAAAAUGACAGAGUGAUGUUCAAGAACAUGGAUCGCUACUACAAGAGAGGAAUUCCUUACUUUGGUCAGGUCACUGUGACAAAUGUGGAUGGCAUGCCCAUUGCCAAUAGGAUUGUCCUGCUGGAGCUCAACGAUGAAUAUAUUGCAAACUAUACCACAGACAAGAAUGGCACUGCUGCCUUUUCCAUCAACACCUCCAACUUCUUUGAUCCCAGUCUUAAGCUGAGAGCCAGACAGGCACCAGAUGGCUGUAUAGACUUUCCUAUGUGGACAAACCAUGAUGAGCCCCAUGCCUUAUUCUCUGUCCGGCGUUUUUACUCACGGACCAACAGCUUUGUGAGGAUCGAGCCAGUGCAGGAGAAGCUAAGCUGUGGCCAGCAGAGAGUAGUCAAUGUUCUCUACGUCCUGAACAGAGAGGGGUAUGGGAAUGCCAUGUACACAAACUUCUAUUAUGUGGUGAUGACAAAAGGAAAAAUUGUUCUCAGCGGCCAGCAGCAAGUCAGUAUUUCUGAUGCUCACGGAGGCACAUUCUCCAUCACACUGACUGUCACUGAGAAGUUUACCCCCAGUGCCAGACUGCUGCUCUACACAGUGCAUCCUCACGGGGAGAUAGUGGCUGACAGUUCUUGGAUACGCAGCGAUGUAUGCUUCAAGAACAAGCUCCAGCUCCAGUUCUCCAAGAAGGAGGGUCUCCCAGGCUCUAACAUCAGCCUCCACCUUGAAGCUGCUGCCAACUCCUACUGUGCCUUGCGCGCUGUAGAUAAGAGCAUCCUUCUCCUUCAGCCUGAGCGAGAGUUCUCUCCUGAGACUGUGUACUACCGGCUUCGUGUGAGUGAUUUGUAUGGCUACUACUACAAUGGGCUCAACCUGGAAGAUGACAAGCCAGAGCAGUGUACACCAAUCAAAACAACUUUUUUUGAUGGCUUGUAUUAUGAACCUGUGAAUGUCAGCCAUGAUGGUGAUGUCUACAGGAUUUUCAGGGAUAUGGGCCUAAAGGUUUUCACUAACUCUAUGUUACGGAAGCCGGUUCUGUGUCAAGCAGACAAGUCAGACCUGGAAGAUGACCGUGUCUAUGCUGAUUAUACGCCCAAGUUUGUCAGCAGUGGCAGUGGCUCUGGCACAGAUGAGGGAAGAAUUAGUGGUGGCCCUGUUAACAGUGUUCGGAAAUUCUUCCCUGAGACCUGGAUUUGGGAUCUGGUUCAUACUGAUUCCAAUGGAGAGACCAAUAUCUUCUUCACCAUUCCUGAUGCCAUCACAGAAUGGAAAGCCAGUGCUUUCUGCUUGCAGGAUGACGCUGGGUUUGGCAUGUCCUCAACUGUUUCGCUAACAGCAUUCCAACCAUUCUUUGUUGAUCUCACCUUGCCCUACUCUAUAAUUCGAGGGGAAAAGUUUAAUUUAAUAGCCAAUGUCUUCAACUACCUUGACAAAUGCAUCCAGAUCAGUGCUACACUGGCAGAGUCAAGUGACUACAAGGCAGAAGUCCUUUCACCAGGGGAAAACACAGGAAGAGUGUGUGCCAAUGAAAGAAAAACCUAUAUUUGGGCUGUUAGCCCACACAGACUUGGUGAGGUGAAGUUCACAAUUACUGCUGAGGCUAAACUGAAUGCUGGAGCUGCUGGACACAGCACAUCCUCGGAAGAGGAAACAAUUCACAGGGACACCCUGAUUCAAACUCUACUAGUUGAGCCUGAAGGCAUUAAAAAAGAAUUGACUUGGAGCUCCCUCGUCUGUACAAAAGGUAAGGCAGUUUCUGAACCAGUGGCACUCAACCUGCCAGCAAACGUGGUGCAGGGAUCAGCCAGAGCUUAUUUUUCCGUCAUCGGGGACAUUUUGGGCACAGCCCUGAGGAACAUGGAGAACCUGCUCCAUAUGCCUUAUGGCUGUGGAGAACAGAACAUGGCCUUGUUCACACCCAACAUCUAUGCCCUGGAUUAUCUGAAUAAAAUCGGGCAGCUGACUGAAGAGAUUAGAGCCAAGGGUACUGGAUAUUUAUCCAGAGGGUACCAAAAACAGCUAUCAUACAAACAUCGAGAUGGAUCCUACAGCUCGUUUGGGACAAGAGAUAGGGAAGGGAGCAUAUGGCUCACUGCCUUUGUAUACAAGUCAUUUGCACAAGCCAAACGCUACAUCUACAUUGACAACACCGUCCAAUCUCAAACCUUGAUCUGGCUGGCAAGCAAGCAGAAGUCUGAUGGCUGCUUUGAAAAUGCUGGGUCCCAUUUCAACAAUGCUUUGAAGGGUGGAAAGGAAGGAGAAUACUCACUCACAGCUUAUGUCAUGGUAGCCUUGCUGGAGGCUGGACACCCUGUUGUGCAUCCUGUGGUUCAGAACGGCAUGAACUGUUUGGAGACUGCAUUUAACAAAGGGGUCCACAACACUUAUACCCAGGCCCUUCUUGCCUAUACUUAUGGCUUAGCUGACAAAGAGAAAAAACAGCAAUUCUUUCUUGAGAAGCUCGACAAAACAGCUACCAGAAUUGGUGGUUCAGUUCACUGGGAGAGAGAAAACAAGCCACCAGCAGAACAUUUCCCUGCCUUCUAUUCCCGUGCCCCUUCUGCUGAAAUUGAAAUGACCAGCUAUGUUCUGCUGGCUCUGCUCAACAAAACCAAGCUCACUCCAGAAGAAUUAUCAAACGCUUCUCGCAUUGUGCACUGGCUUGUCAAACAACAGAAUCCCUAUGGUGGUUUUUCCUCUAGCCAGGACACUGUUGUUGCUCUGCAAGCUUUGGCUCAGUAUGGGUACCUCACCUUCUCUAAGAAAAGUCUUAAUACAAUCAAAGUCAGCUUCAUGCAGCUCCCAAGUAAGGUUUUCCAGGUGAAUGACAAGAAUCGCUUCUUACUGCAGCAGGCUUCUUUGCCUACUAUCCCAGGGAAUUACAGUGUGGAAGUGAAUGGCACCGGUUGUGUCUAUCUGCAGACAACCCUGAGAUACAACAUCCACCUACCCAAAAAGGUUGCAGGAUUUUCUCUCUCUGUACGGCCAGACAAUGUGUCCUGCACAGGCAACUUCCCACCGAAGUUUGACCUUGUCCUCUCUGCCAGUUACACAGGAAAUCGCAAUGUCUCCAACAUGGCCAUUAUUGAUGUGAAGAUGCUCUCAGGUUUCGUUCCCAUCAGAUCUUCCCUGAAAAAGCUUCAAUACCAUGAUUCUAUUGUGGCUCAAGUAGACAUCAAGAACAACCACAUCCUCUUCUAUCUGCAGAAAGUGUUCCAGAAGGAAAUCAGUUUCUCCUUCAGUGUGGAGCAAAGCCUGCCUGUGUCAGAUAUUAAAGCAGCCUCUGUACAUAUUUAUGACUACUACGAAACAGAUGAAUAUGCCCUUGCAGAAUACAAAACACCCUGCUCCCAGCCUUCCAACUGA